AAGUUUUGGGGUUUUUGGGGUUUUUUUUAAAAAAAAAACUUGAGGAACUAAACAAGGCAACAUCAUCCUAAAAAUUUUGAUAUUUUACAUUACAUCAUUCCAAAUAUAAUUAGCAUUUUACAUUUUUUGAACUAAACACCCCUUUAGUCAGCUACUUCGCCGUCCUAGAAAAAAGUGACAGACAAGCUAGCGAGCCAUUUCCACAGCUCUGAUCUCUGAGGGCUGAGGCCACAGGCAGGCACGCUACAGCAGUUUCCUGGUUGACCAGCCGUGCGCCCGUGAGAUGGACGCCGGAUCCGUGAAGCAGAUCGCCGUUCUGUACCCCGUCGGCGGCGUCGGGCACAUCGGACCCAUGACGCAGCUCGCCAAGGUCUUCCUCCGCCACGGCUACGACGUCACCAUGGUGCUCAUCGAGCCGCCCAUCAAGUCGACCGACUCCGGCGCCGGCUUCAUCGAGCGCGUCGCCGCCUCCAACCCGUCCAUCACCUUCCACGUCCUGCCGCCGACGAUCCCGCCUCCCGACUUGGCCAGCUCCACCAAGCACCCUUUCCUCCUCAUACUGGAGCUGAUGCGCCGGUACAACGACGAGCUCGAGAGCUUCCUCCGCUCCAUCCCCCGGGAGCGCCUGCACUCCCUCGUCAUCGACCUGUUCUGCACCCACGCCAUCGACGUGGCGACGAAGGUGGGUGUCCCUGUCUACAAGUUCUUCGCCUCAGGCGCCGGGACUCUGGCCAUCUUCACCCAGUUGCCGGCGCUGCUCGCCGGCAGACAGACGGGCCUCAAGGAACUUGCCGACACGCCCCUCGAGUUCCUUGGCGUCCCGUCCAUGCCGGCGUCCCAUCUCGUCACGUCGCUGCUGGAGAGUCCGGAGGACGAGCUGUGCAGGAGCAUGAUGAAGAUCUUGGAGCGCCACGCGGACACCCACGGCGUCCUGGUCAACACGUUCGAGUCGCUGGAGAGCCGGGCCCUGGAGGCGCUGAGGGAUCCCCUGUGCGUUCCCGGGCAGGUGCUGCCUCCAGUUUACUCCGUCGGGCCGUUGGUUGGCACGGGCGACAAGCGGGAAGGAGAUGGUUCUAGUUCCAGGCACGAAUGCCUCGCGUGGCUGGACGCGCAGCCGGAGCGCAGCGUCGUGUUCCUCUGCUGGGGCAGCAAGGGCGCCCUACCCAAGGAGCAGCUCAAGGAGAUCGCCGUCGGCCUGGAAAGAUGCUGGCAGCGGUUCCUAUGGGUCGUGCGCACGCCGGCAGGCAGCGACGGCGGCCCCAAAAGGUACUGGGAGCAGCGUGCCGAGGCGGAUCUGGACGCGCUCUUGCCGGAGGGCUUCUUGGAGCGGACCAAGGGCCGUGGCCUCGUCGUCACGUCGUGGGCGCCGCAGGUGGACGUGCUCAGCCACCCCGCCACGGGCGUAUUCGUCACCCACUGCGGGUGGAACUCGACGCUGGAGGCGAUCGCGGCGGGGGUGCCGAUGCUGUGCUGGCCACUGGCGGGCGCGGAGCAGAGGAUGAACAAAGUGUUUAUAACCGAGGACAUGGGCGUCGGGGUGGAGAUGGAGGGCUACAUGACAGGUUUCAUCGAGGCUGACGAAAUUGCGGGGAAGGUGAGGCUAGCGUUGGAGGCCGGAGAGGGGACGAGGAUUAGGGAACGAGCACUGCAGCUGAAGAAAGAAACGGAGGAAGCGCUGGAGGACGGUGGCUCGUCGCAGGCGGCAUUUCGCCGGUUCUUGUUGGAUAUUGCAAAUCUUGGAGAGUAGCUUCGGAAGCGAUGUACUCGCGCCCCACCACCGCCGAUAGAAUGUCCAAUUGUCGUGGCGAGCGACUCUAGUUGCCUCGCUCGCUCGCCGGCCGGUCGCCACCACCACCCCAACAUGUUGUUAUAGGCUACCCACCAGUAGUGAUCGCAUCUCUAA